UCUCCGUUGCUCCGCCCACAGCGUCUUGAGAGGGGACACUCAUAGCUCCUCCCCAUCUGAAGCUGUCCAAUCUGCGCCUCAUGCUGCGAGGAGCGCUUGCAGCCUUGGCUGUGGGCUGGGCGGCCGCCUGGCUUUGGGGUCGCGGGUUCGAUCCCCGGGCGUGGCUGUGGCGGGAUGGUGGCGCGGAGCCGGUGCUGAGCGCCGCCGAUUUAGGCCGCUACACAGAGGCGGAGGGCGGCGCUGGGCUUUACCUGGCCGUGCUGGGGCAGGUCUUUGAUGUGCAACGGGGACGCAAGCAUUAUGGGCCAGGAGGGGCUUACAGCUUCUUUGCAGGAAAAGAUGCCUCCAGAGCGUUUGCAACAGGUGACUUCACCCCAGCUGGAUUGGUGGAUGAUAUUUCGGGAUUGUCACCAUCAGAAAUGCUAGCCAUUCAGAACUGGCUGUCGUUUUACAGGAAGAAUUAUGUGCCGAUUGGCAUGUGUAUUUUCUCCACUCUUGGAAAAGGGAAAGUGGCCGGGAGGUUCUACCAUGAAAACGGGGCACCCACCGAGGUCCUAGCACAGGCCCAAGCUCUCAUUGCAGAAGGGCAGAGGCUGAAGGCCCAGGAGAAUGAGAAAAAGAAGCAGUUUCCACCGUGCAACUCGGAAUGGAGCUCAACCGGAGGAAGUCGUGUCUGGUGUUCCAAGCAGAGCGGGGGAGUUAACAGAGACUGGAAUGGCGUCCCCAGGAAGCUGUAUGAGCCCGGAUCCAGCCGCAGCCAGUGCGUGUGCGUGAAUACAGAGGGACUUCCUCUUGAGCAGUCGUCAUCCACUGGGGUGGGCAAUCCUAACCUGCAAGAGUAUGAAGGGUGCCACCCACUGGCUGAGUGGUGUGCUUUAAAAGACUGAGCCGUUACCUGACACACACAAAACUUAAAUCAUGGUUUGGCACAAUGUCAUCUUGCAAACAACCAGCAAAACAGAAUCUGAAACCGUACUUUGAAAUGGCUUUGUAAACCAUGAUUUGAUAAAACUGUACCUGUAGCUAUUGCUAUGUCUACAGAAACUGCUGCUGAAUGAACUUGAGCAUCUCUAAACCAGUGUUUCCCUGGUUAGAACCUGACCCAUGCCUCCACACCAUGAUUCUCACCCCCUACCCUGCAACUCUCUAGCAAAAUUUAGUUACCCAUCUCUGUUGGAUCUGAUUCGCUGUGCUCCCUUGCAAGGAGAAAGAGUGACCUUAAUUCAUAUAUCAUGCAAAACUAUGGUUUAAUCAUACGUUAGAAUCUGAAGCUCAAGGAUUAUAUCUGCCCUGUGUCAUUCUUGGGGACAGUACAGAUAAACUUUACCACCAUCCUCACACGCCACCCAAAAAGGCCAUUACAUGGUGGCAUCAACUUUCACCCUACUGCACUAUAAAAUUAUUCCCCUUGGUGGUAUUGCCGCAGCGAUGAAUUUAGGGGACACCAUCAAAUUCAAGUAGGUUUCUUUAUUACAAGAAAUUACAUAGGCAUAUAAAUAUUGAAAAAAUACAUCGCUUUACGUGAAGAAAUGUUGCAGAAUAAAAAGAGUGAUUUACUAAA